AUGGACGGAACCAGCACCCAAGACAAGCACCAGACGCAGCCGCCUCAACAGCAACAAGAUACACAACCGCAGAAGCAGCAAGAGGCCGUCUUUAGCCCAUCGGCCAUUGCCGCCGACAUGCAGAGACGAACACGCAAGCAAAACAACUUUGACCAGAUCGAGGCCGACCUGCCGGACCCCAAGAAGCUCGCCGCCGCCAGCGCCGAUGCCGUCGCAAGCCUCACCCCCGGCUUCACCACCCGCUUCAGCCUCGCCGGCGCCCUGAGCCGCUUGGGUCGCCUCAACCCAUUCGGCGGGCGCGCUGUCACCAGCGACGAUGCCGUCUGGCUCUUCGACAACACGGCCUACAGGACGGCCGGCGGCCGCUUCUCUUCGACUUGGGAGGCCGAGUUUGUGGCCGCCGUCUUUGAGCAGGAGCCGCGCUCGCACCUCGUCGAUGCCGUGGCGGGUGUCGCGCGCGUCCUGGGCAUCGCCGACGACGCAGAAGAACGCAAGACGAUCCAGGAGCGCCUGAUUCCAUUUGUGUGGGAUGUGCGCGUGGGCAAGACGGUGACGGUCACGCAAACGCGCUCGUCGAGGACCAUCAAGCUCGGUCCGACGGGCUUCAACGGCGUCAGCUCGAAUGUGGCACAGGUGAGAAGUCACUCCAAAGGCGCAAUGGUCGAGGCUAGAGCCGGUGAUGUACCGAGUGGCAUACCCGGAUUACUCGGCAUGAAUACCUAUUACGCCAGUCCGUCAGGCUGGGGCAUCAUUUCAGAUAUCGAUGAUACCAUCAAAAUUACGACGACAAGCGAUCCGAUUGGCAUCUUGCGAGAGACUUUCGUUGAGGAACCGCGAGCUUGCGAAGGGAUGCCAGAGCUGUACAAGUCGAUUGAUGGCAUAUUGAAAACAGACACGCCCUGGUUCUACCUGUCAGCCUCGCCGUACAACCUGUAUCCAUUUCUGCGUCAGUUUCGCGACGCGCACUAUCCGCAGGGAACUCUGAUUCUGCGCGACACGAGCUGGAAGACGAUUGCCGGACUGCUGGCGGCCUUGACCAUGGGCACGGAGGAGUACAAGGUCGACCGCAUGAAGAAGAUUAACAAAUGGCUGCCCGAGCGCAAGAUGAUUGUCAUUGGCGACUCGACGCAGUCCGAUCCCGAGGCCUACGGAGAAAUAUAUCGCACAUUUCCAGGCUGGAUCCGGCUUAUUCUCAUUCGCAAGCCGACCGACACGGCCACCUUUGGGCUGGGGGAGAAGAACGAGCCGGCGCGGUUCGAAAAGGCAUUCAAGGACAUUCCCAAGGAGGCGUGGCAUGUUUUCGAGGACCCCAACGAAUGCGUCGAGAUUGUGCGAGCCACGGUGAAGCAGGGAUAG